AUGACGGCCGAUAGUCAAUCGCCCAGCAAGGGCGAACCAAAGGAUGUUGUGACCCCAUCGCAGGUCACUGAUUCCAACCCUGAAGCAACACCAGCUGAGGAUAAGACAACCGACACACAGGAGGAGAACCAACCCUCCUCUGAGCCGCAAGGCGAUGAUGAGAAGGACAAAGUGAAGGAGGUUCUACCCGUGGGCUCGGUAACGGCUAGCCACAACCUCUUUGCCAAGUACGACAAGGAUGGCAAGCGAUCAUGGUCGGCUACCAUGCCCACCCACAUUGAGGAAGCCGCCGAGAACGAUGAGACAAAGAAGUUUGCCGUCAUCGUACGGAAGCUCGCUCCAAAGGAGGCCGACUCUAGCAAGCCCCUCAUCGUGGAUAGCAUCAUUAUUCAAUCACCUCAUCUCAAGACCGAACUGGGAAAACUGUUCAAGGAUUACCCAGGAAUUGUCAUCGAUGUAACCCGUCUGAUUCUCCAUGCCCCUUUCGCACCAUUUGUCCACUGCUGGGACGAGUUCGUUGCGGCCACUGAACAGGCCAAGGGUGAGUUGGCAAAAGAGCACCUAACACUCCUCCGAGACAUCCUCGAGGAAGAGCUCAAGGAAACAUUGCAAGCCCGGGAAGAUUUCAUCAAGACUAAGGCCGUCGACUGGGGCCAUGUCUGGACCCUCUUCAAGCCUGGUUGCCUGAUAUGGGGAUCUAAGAACGGGCAGCCUGCCGCGUUCAAGUUCACUCGCGGUGAAUAUGGAGAGAACAACUGCGGCAAGUUCUUCGGUCUCCACUGCAAGCACAUUGACUGGGACGGGAAGACUCUGGGCUGGACCAACGCGGUGCAGAAGAUUUCUGAGUACCCAGGCUCUGUCCCCCUUACCGACAUGAGCUGUUUCCCUCUGGAAAUGCACCCGCAGCUCGAGCAGGUUACCGCGGCUCUCUAUGCCCGAGGCAAGGUCUUUGAGAGCUUGGCCGGAUACAACUACAAAUUCUACAAGGGGAUGGCCCUGUGGUGGGACUCUGACAUCCAGAAGAUACGCCAAGAGGUUGUAGACUCUCGAAUCGUUAUUGAUGCUGUCAACUGGGCGAACCAAGUACCUGAUCUAUCUUUCACGACAUCCAAAGCCCUUGGUAAUGAUGGCUGCUGCAACAGAAACAAUGAUUCUGAUGACGAAAGUGAGGAUGGUGACGGCGACGAGAAUGAGGAUGAAAGCGAGGAGGAGUCAGAGGGCAGUUACUCGGAUGUUGGUGCUGAUUUCAAUGACAAGACGGAGUCUAAGAAGAAGCCAAGGCCUACUCUCUCCGACGACAAGCUCAUCCUCACAUCUCCCAUGGUCCGUGGGUACUCGCUCAAGAACCGUCGGUGGAUGGAAUUCUUCAUCCAUGAUGUCUCAGAGAUCAAGUUCGCCGAGAAUGCCUUUGAAUCUCUAGUUUUGGACCAGGAUAAGAAGGAUCUCAUUCUCGCGUUCGCACAGAGCCAGACCCAGUUCAAAUCCAAGUUCGACGAUGUCGUGUCCGGAAAGGGUCGCGGCAUCGUCAUGCUGCUCGCCGGAGGCCCGGGAAUUGGCAAGACCUUGACGGCAGAGACUGUCGCCGAGGAGAUGCGCGUUCCUCUCUACUCGAUGAGCGCCAAUGAUCUUGGUGAGUCCUCGUGGCGGAUGGAGUGGAACCUCAAGAGGAUCCUCAGCAUGGUGUCUGCGUGGAAUGCGGUUCUGCUCCUGGACGAGUGCGACGUGUAUCUUGAGGCCCGAAGCUCGCACGAUGUCCAGCGCAAUUCUAUUGUUUCCGUCUUCCUGCGGAUGCUGGAGUACUACGAGGGAAUUCUGUUCAUGACGACGAACAGAGUUCAGACAAUUGAUACUGCAUUCAAGAGCCGUAUCCAUCUUACGCUCCAGUACCCGAAUCUCGAUGCCAUAGCUCGUGAAAAGGUGUGGCGUACUUUCCUGGAUCGAUCUGUUGGCCGGGACAAGCUCAUCCAAGAGGACAAGGAUCACCGGGUUACAGAUGAGGAUAUCAAAACACUUGGAAAGUUGGAUAUCAACGGCAGAGAUAUCAAGAACAUUCUCAAGAUGGCCAAUUUGCUCGCCUGGCAGAAGAAGGAGCCACUCAACAUGGCUCAUCUGGAGAAGGUCUUGAAGAUUCAAGAUGCCAUGUAA